AUGGCCCGUUAUCGCAAUAUAGUCGACCUCCCUGUGGAGCUUAUCGAAGCGAUCUACUUGCGUAUCUGCCCUCGCUGCCCCGAUAUCCCAGGCAUCGACGCAUCCCUGGCCGCCAUCCUUCAGCCACUGGUGUUCGAAUCCUAUAAGGCCGAUGCCGACGGUUGUGAUAGCAAGCGUUAUGUCCACCGUGUGGUUCAGCUCACACGCAGCCUUCAGGCACGCCCCGACCUCGCCGGCCGCCUUCGCUCACUCUCUUUCUCUUUCUCUCUAAUGCCGACCCUGGAGGAUCUUGGUCCGGCCGAGAGACAGUAUGUGAAAGAGACCAUUGCACGCCUUGGCUUCUUCGCUGGCCGGUUCCGUCCUAACUGGGAUGACGACCCAGGCUAUGAUUACAGGAAGGACUUGUGGCAGUACACACUUCUCCCCUUCGAGGUGGCGCUCAUACGUGCGCCGGCGAUCGAGUAUCUCCAACUCCCUGUCGGAGACGAUUGGCGCUUGAUGCUUCUCCUUUUCCUCAUGGCAAGAGGGGCGCGAGUUCGGGAUGCCGAGAACAUCCCCACGCCCGACGCAUCUGGGGACCCCUUAGCAACGUGCUCAUUCCCACACCUCCACACCAUCACCUUCCCUAUUGUUGUGGCCGACGACUUACCUUACCACCCUACAGAGACCGACGUCCCGUGGACCAUGCUCCAGGUCGCUCCCAACGUCCGGUCCAUCCGCCUUCCUUCAGACCCAGGCGAUCUAUGGCCCGGGCGUUUCACCCAUGCAGAAGUCCCCCCACCGCUCCCGCACCACCGCCGCGUCCACUUACAGCAUACUUGCAUUGGCGCGCCCGUCGAUAUUUACAACUUCCUUGAAGCCACGCCCCAUCUAGAAGCGUUUGCCUUGCAGUGGGCGCCGGUAUUGAUCCAGCACAAAAACCGGCAGGACAGGGACGACGUAGAAAACGCGUUGAGCCAACUGUGGGGCAUGUUGGAGAGGAUAAAAAGUUUCAUGGAGGAGGGGGCGGUCGAGGGGCGGAUUCCAGGGUUGGAGUCUAUGCGUCACUUUGGGCGGUUGGAGCGCGUGUCGGUCAAUGAAGAUGUGCUGCGGUGGCUGCGCGACGUAUGGUGUGACUGGAAGGCACAUUGGACUUGGGCGCGGGACGAGAAUUACGAGUGGGUUCCGAGGGAUAGGUUCUUGGUGGACAUGUUCCCGCCAACGAUUCGGAGGGUGACAUUUUGGCGACUGCGGCGGUAUAUAACUAUACGGGGACGCCCUUCUUGA